AUGCCCUUCUCUGCCCUUGACGAAGACAUAAUCCCACUUAUUCUCGCUUUCUGUGACGUUCGGCGUGUUCUUCGAAUAGGAAGGACCUGUAAACUCCUCAGAGCGGUCAGUCGGAAACGCACUGUGUGGCAAGCUCUUCUUGAAGAUCUCGCGUUUCGGUGUGUGCUACAUGCACUCCCAGAAGAUAUUCUCCACAAUGCUACAACGGACUAUCUGUACAAUGAAGUGAAACGGGCCGUUUGUGGGCCUGAUACCUGGCUGCCAGAUUCUUUUCGCCCUCCCACGGUUCUCCGCACGAGUAUAUUCACAUUUCCUCAGGUCCCCUCCUCUUUGCAGUUUGUGCGACUGCUCCCGGGAGGCCGGUACUUUGUGUUAAUGCGAGACCAUUUCUUGGAAAUAUGGUCUAUCCGGGGCUCUCAUUGCGUUUGGUCGCGAGACAUCACAUUCUCACGUGGAGGAGAUCUUGACAUGCAGGAGGGAGGGAGGGAAAUAGUGCUCUUAAUGUGCAUGACCCCGCAGACGGACGUGUUAGGCUGGGACUGGGUGCUUUCCAAAUUUAAUCUGGAAAAUGAAGAUGAAGAAAUUCUGUUUACCCACCCACCAUUCGGCUUCGAGCCAUUGGGCCUUCCGAUGGUUUCCGGCAACUUGAUUGCUGUGGCCAUCCGAACUUCCAAUCCGGUGCUUCUGCUCAUCGACUGGCGUUUUCGGAAAUAUGCUGCGUUUGAGGCUACUACCGAAAUGAUGUUUGCUACGCUAAGGUUUUACCUCACGCCAUUCCAUCUUGUACUCGUUCACAACUCGCCAACACCUCCCCACGGUCUCGCUGUCACCGUGUACUGUGUAUCGAGUCUACCAUCUUCAUGCUGGUUUCCGUUGGACGAUCUUACGAUGCAGAGGGUCUGCUUCUCCGUUGCUGUCCCAUUAGUCAGCAAAACCCUUUCUGUUGGGGGACAACCGGUUGUCAAUGCAGAAGAAGUAUCGCUGGGCUUUUAUCAGAGUCCUCUAGUACAAGGGGAACAAAUCGGGAAACUAUAUGUCUCACAGACCGAAACACUGCCUCCCAGUUUCUGGAGGACUAUACUCAAUAGGAUCUCUCGUCGGCGCACAACAUUUCACCCCAAGACUACCCACCGCGCCACGGCAUUUACAUUUGUCUUGUCACCUCCAAAUCCAACUUCGUCAGCUGGAGGCUUUCGAAUAAUAUCUAUGCUUGCGGCAGUCUCCCGAUUAGCAGACGUGGCAAUGUCGCUUGCAGGCUACAUUGGCCUACAAACCGCCUCCGACCUCUCUGAGCCGGGCGUUGUGGUCGAUGUCCAGCUGAAGCGCCAAGGCGUCAAGCGCAAGAAACGGGAAGUGCCAAUCCAGUCUGGAACUUCUCGGGACAACUGGAACAUCGCUUCGAUUGCGCAAACAAGUGCGGCAAUUGUUUGGCAUCGCGAUGCGAAGCUGAAGGUCGUCUAUUAUCGUUGA